AUGAUUACUCUAAAGAAAUCAUAUAAGGUAGUUACUAUAACAAGAUCCUUUGCACAAAAUCUUGCUUCCAGUGAAUGUGCUCUCGAUUAUUGCACAAACAUCGUAAGACAGCAUGAUUAUGAGAACUUUCUGGCAACUCUUCUUAUGACAAAAUCGAUUCGCACGCCGGCAUUAGUUAUACGAGCUUUUAACGUCGAAGUGGCGCGAGUACAGGACCAAACUAAUGACCAGUAUAAUGCCGUCUUUAGACUGCAAUUUUGGAAUGAUGCACUCCAAAGUAUAUACAAAAAAGACCAAGAUAUUAAUAAUAUACCUGCCAAUCCUACAUUAAAAGAGCUGUUUAAGAUAUGCAAGUGUUACAAUUUACCAAAGAGACAUCUUGAGAAAUUAAUAACAUCAAGGAACAGCAUAUUGAAAUCAAAAUAUUUUCAAACCUUGGAAGACAUAGAAAAAUAUUCAGAGGAAUCUGUUUCUUCCAUUUAUUAUUUACUAUUAGCUGUUGCUGAGAUCACUGACGUACAUGCCGAUCAUGCAGCAUCUCAUUUAGGCAAAGCUCAAGGUCUAGCCAAUAUUCUUCGGUCGAUACAAGUCGCAAAUCGUUAUAAAAUUGUAUCUUUGCCAAUGGACAUUUUGAUGAAGAACAAAGUCAGCCAAGAGGCAGUUCUAAGAAGCAAUGACAGUGAAGAAUUGAAGAAUGCUGUCUUUGAAAUUGCUAGUAGAGCUAAUAGUCAUUUAGAAAAGGCAAGAAGUAUACAAGUACCUAAAUUAGCUAAACAGAUAUUCUUGCCAGCAACUUCAGUAGAUGUCUAUUUAAAGAAACUGCAAAAAAGCAACUUCAGUGUUUUUGAUAAAUCAUUGCAACGUGCUAAUGCUACUCUACCACUUAUUAUGUAUUAUAAAAGGUUUGUCAACAAAUAUUAACAUAGUUACUAUUAAAAUUAUAGGCAUUGAAUAAAUACUUAUGAAAAAGUAAAUUAUUACAAAAUUAUAUUUACUGUUAUUAUUGAAAGGUUCACAGGAAUUUGAAUUCCAUCUUGCCAUUAUUUAUUAGUAUUAUUGAAAUGGCUUUGUUCAGGCCUAAAUAACCCUUCAUCUCUGUAACCAGAAUAACUGAGUAUCUCUGUACUUGGUACUUGGUGUAACGGGCUGGUGUCCGC